CCCGCGCCCCCGCCCGCUCCCCUCCCCCUGCCCAAAAAGACACAGCCCGGCUCCCGGAGCGGCGCCUCCAGUCGCGGAGGAGCGCGGCGUUGGCGCGGAUGGAGGGCGCGAGCGGGCGGCCGCGGCGACUGCACCCAGCGGGGCGCUGAUGCGGCGCCUGGACCUUCGCUGCUCGACUAGGGGGGCGUCGGCCGAGUGGGCACUCCGCGAUGCAGCUCUUGAAGGCGCUCUGGGCACUCGCGGGGGCCGCGCUCUGCUGCUUCCUCGUCCUGGUGAUCCACGCGCAGUUCCUGAAAGAAGGUCAGCUGGCUGCCGGCACCUGUGAGAUUGUGACGCUCGACCGCGACAGCAGCCAGCCGCGGAGGACGAUCGCCCGGCAGACGGCUCGCUGUGCCUGCAGGAAGGGGCAGAUCGCGGGCACCACCAGAGCCAGGCCCGCCUGCGUGGACGCACGAAUUAUCCGAACAAAGCAGUGGUGUGACAUGCUCCCUUGUCUGGAGGGGGAAGGCUGUGACUUGUUGAUCAACCGGUCAGGCUGGACGUGCACGCAGCCCGGCGGGCGGAUAAAGACCACCACGGUCUCCUGACAAACGCAGCCCCAGAGGGGCCCCAGGAGUGACUUUGGCUCCCUGGAGAGGCCACAAUCCUCAGUCCAUCGUGGAUGCCACCCACCCUCCGCCGCCCGCCCACCCUCCGUUUCUCUAGCCUGUCAAGGACAGCCUGCUUCCUCGGCCGCCCGAGCUGAGUCUGUCCGGCCGCCCCGAGGAGUCAGUCCUGGGACAUACAGCAGGGCUGCGUCACCGGGCGUCCCUGGAACCUGGCCUGGCCACCCUCCCGGCCGCAGACGAGGAGGACGAGGAGGCAGCUGCAGCCCAGCCAGCCCGAGAGAGGAGGACAGCGCCGGGCCCGGGGAGGACUGAGUCUCGGGCGCAGCAGUGGCCUCUCCUUGUGCCCCAGACUGUCCGAAUCGCUUUUAUUUUCUUAUCCUUUCAGUAUAUUCAAUAGACCAAAGAGCAAAAUCUAUUUUAACGUGGACUCGUCCGUACCAUCCGAGUCCCUGGGUUCGAUUGGGGGGCACGGGGGCAGAGACACGCUCGAGAGGCACCCACCCCACGGACGCUGCGGGGCCCCCUGAGCAGCCGGAGGAUGUGGCCGGAGGACACACGGCCGGCGAUGUCCCCACGUGGACCCCGCGGGCGCGCCUGGCCGGGAGCACGGCCCGCUGUGCGCACCUGCUCCCCUGUACUUAGAUGGACUUUCUCGUACUAAAAUCACUUUCUGUUUUAACCAGUUAAACGCGCCUCUCUGCAGCUCCAUUCUGAUAGUGGGAUAAUCCAGGAUUCGCCAAGAGCAUGUCGGGUCUCCCAUGACUGCUGUCUCAUCCAAUCACCAUUUAGCUCCAGAAAGCAAAUUAAAGAAAGCGAAAGUAACACUUGUUUGAAAGAGAUCAUUAAAUGUAUUUUGCAAAGCCGAAAGUUAUAUAUUUAACAGUUUUUAUAUGUUGUAUAUUUGUAG